AUGAGGCAGGCGGGACACGCGGCGCUGCUGGCGGCGCUGCUGCUCCUGGCGCAGCUACACCCUGGGAACAGCCGCUGGAGCCCGGAGGCGGCGGCGGCCGGGGUCCAGGGCCCGAGUCUGCGAUGGAGCCCCGGGACGCGGGGCCAGAGCGGUGGGGCCGGCGCGCUCUUGCUGCUGGCGGAGCGCUUCCGGCGCCGCGCAGGGCCGGGCCCAUGGGGAUCCCGGACGGCGGGCGAGCGGCCGCGACGGGACGACCCAGCACUGUCCAUUGAUCUCACCUUUCACCUGCUGCGGACCCUGCUGGAGCUGGCGCGAAGUGAGAGUCAGCGGGAGCGCGCCGAGCAGAACCGCAUCGUUUUCGACUCGGUGGGCAAGUGAUCGUUCCGAUUUGCGGCGACGAGAACCUUGAUCCCCAUCCCUCACUCCCCGGGCCGGGACGUGUGUGACCAGAACUGACCAAGUCCCGCGGGGACUGAAUGGCCCAGGGAUUCCCUGAACACUCUCCGCGUUACUAUUUUUUAAUAAAAGUACUG